GAGAUAGGUAUAUACGAAACGCCCGUAAACCUAGUGUUAUGUAUGAGAUGUACAGAAAUUAAAUAUGAAUUAUGUAAUAGUUUCGCGUCAUCGACAAUCUAUAGAGAAAUGUUGUAUAAAUGGCUUCUUCAUAAUGAUGAUUAAUCCUAUAAGACGUUCGUUGAAACUAUUAGGAAAAGAAUAUUAUUUGAUAAUUAUUUGUGAUUAACAUUUAUAAAAUUAUAUCAAUUAUAGCAUUUUCCGAAAAGAAUUUAUAUCUAUAAUGAGAAAUUAAAUAUAUAAGAUUGAGGAAUUUUAAAUUGAUCCUUAAAAAUAUGAUUGAUAUCAUAUAUUUUUCAAAGUGAUAUUAUGACAUAAACCUUGACAUAUACAUUUUCAAAACGUUUGAUUUCUGACAAAAUGUAUGGCAGUCGUACAAAUGAAAUCCAAUACACAUAACUAGUUAAGAAUGUUGAAUUCGUUAUUUUUAAAUUAAUUUCGCCCCAAAUGUUGAAAUUUCGAUAAAAUGAACAAGAACAGAGAAAUGUUUCAACUAUAUACAAACUAAUGAAAUAUGUAGUUUAUCUUAUCUUGCAGUAAAUGUUUUCUGGCACGCGAUUCUUUCACUUUUGUAACAGACAACAUUUUAUACACAGAAAUAUGUUCUUUUAAGAAUCACUAUGGCUAGCAGGGAUAGAGACCGUGGACGGAAAUACUUAAGUGGGGCUGAAAAACUGAAGAGGCAGCCAGAUGAUUAUAUUAAACGGCCAACAAACAACAUUUUGAAGUGUGUAAUUGGAACUACUAGUCAUUCAACACAGCUAGACCAAGGCGAAGAACAUAUGGCAGUGAAUCAGAUCCCUUUGGAAGAUGAAAACCAAGAGUUGAAUACAUCUGUGCAGGAACAUGAAGAAGACACCAACGAAACUGAAUUGGAUAAAAAUGGAAACAAUAGAAAAAUUGUGAAACUCAUUAAGAAAAAGAUAUUGAAAAUAUGGAAAUUGAAGCACAACAAGAAGAAAACAGAAAUUUCGACACUGAAGAUCCUAGCACGUGACCAAUUGACAGGACACAACAAACAGUAAAUUUAAUAGCUCAACAUGGUCCUGUACAAGUUACUCAAUUUAACCCGUUGGCCUAUAACCACGAGUCUCGCUCGUGGUAAAGAAUUUGUGCCAUAAACGAAAGCCACGAAUCUGACUCGUGGUAAUUUACAAAUUGCUAAGUGAUUCAUUAUCCACUUUGAAAUAAUAAAUUGUUUUUGUUAACUGAUCAACUCAUCAUGAUUAUGCCCUAGACGUCUUAAAAAUUCUAUUUGUCCUCAAACAUUGUUUAUUAUUUCGCAAUUCCUUUUAUAGCUCCUAAAUAUACAUGUCAUAAGAACUAUACAUUUUGCGCCAAUUUGGGCACACGGCUGAACAGUGAAUGGCACGGCGCGCGACCUGUCCUGUUUUUA